AUGGAGAUGAAGGUAAAUAUAAUAUCAAGGGAGUUGAUUAAACCUUCAUCUUCAACACCUCUCGAGAAGAAAAAGCAUAAGCUCUCUGUUCUUGAUCAGAUUCUACCCCAUGCUUUUAUUCGUUUGCUUUUUUUCUAUGAAACACAGAAGCCAUCCGACUCCGAAAAGGCUACUAUUAUUAUUGAUGACCCAUCCAAAAAAACUCUGCAAUUAAAGCAGUCUUUAUCAGAGUGUUUAACAAAGUUCUACCCUUUAGCAGGAAAGCUGAGUUCAGACAAUCUUUCUGUUGAUUGUGAUGACUCUGGAGUUCUGUUCGUGGAAGCUAAGUUCGAAUGUGGAAGCAAAAUCGUCGCGGUAUCCUUUUCUCACAAGAUCUGUGAUCUAUUGUCGAUGAUAACCUUGAUGAAUUCCUGGGCUAACUUAAACCGCGGCGAAAAUACUGUUGUAAAACCCAAUUUUCAUGUUGGGACGAACCUUUUCCCUCCAUUGGAUGAUCAUGAUUUUAGUUUCCGUAUAGUUGGAGCGAAAGGAAAGGUUUUGCGGAAGCGAUUUGUGUUCAACAAGGAAAAGAUAACAGAACUGAAACAAUUGGCCAUUUCCUCCUCCAAAGAUGCCUCUCGGGUGGAAGUCAUAAACGCUUUCAUAUGGAAGAAUCUGAUCAGUGUGGAACGAGCUAAACAACAACAUCAUCCGGGUGUUACAACAACGGUAACAUCGAAAAUCCAACAUGCCGUGAAUUUGAGAAAUAGAGUAAUCAGAAACAGAGCUAAUGAGUUCCCUUUUGGGAACAUGGCAGUUCCUGCGGUUUCCAAAUUCACUCUUCCUGAUGAUGAUGAGGAUCAGGAUAAUAGAGACUUUUAUGGGGAUCUUGUCCGGCACACGAGCGAUGCGAUAAGGGGAGUAAACGGCGUCGAUUAUGUGUUCACUCGGGUGAUUCCUAUUUUGCAGAAUGUGAUGAAGCGGAAACCGCCAACCAUUUCGGUGGCAGAAACUAGAAGGUUUUCCAGUUGGUGCAGAUUUCCGAUUUAUGAAGUGGAUUUUGGUUGGGGGAAGCCUUUUUUAGUUGGUCCUGCUAGUGAUACCAGUGUAUCAGGGGUGAUUCUCAAGGACACCAGGGAUGGAGAAGGAAUCGAAGCUUGGAUUAACAUCUUAGAAGACGAAUUCAUCUUGCUUCCUGAUGAAUUUCUUUCUUUGGCAUCGACUUGCUUAUUUUAG